GAGGAAGGACGGGAAGACCAAGAGAGGAAGAGGGAGAGGGAGGAGAGAAAGGGAGAGGGAGGAGAGAGAGAAUAAAAAAAAGAUGAAGUCCAGUCUACACAGCCUGUGAGCGCCUGCCCCGGUGGGUGGGAAGCAGGACUCGGGCGCUCAUGCAGCGAGCGGGCGGCGCUCCGGGCGCUCGUACCUAGCGGCUGGGGCAGCUAGGGGCGCGGGUCGGAGCCGGCUGCGGAGGGCGGGGAAGGACGCUGGGGGAGGGUGCCGAGGACCCGCAGGGCCGCCGCCUCUAUCUCGGCCUCUGCGCCGCCGCCUCUCCCGGGCCCGGCCCGGCGGGCGCUCCAAGCGUGAGGGCGCAGGCUGCUCCCUCAGUAGUGGGGGCGAGCGGAGGCGGGGGUGCGGGCGGCUAAGAUGAGUGAAAGGAGAAGAUCUGCAGUCGCCCUGAGCUCGCGAGCACAUGCCUUCUCCGUUGAAGCCUUGAUCGGCUCAAAUAAAAAGCGGAAACUGCGAGACUGGGAGGAGAAGGGGUUGGACCUGUCCAUGGAGGCGCUGAGCCCCGCGGGCCCACUCGGAGACACGGAGGACGCGGCCGCACACGGCCUGGAACCUCACCCGGAUUCCGAGCAAAGCACUGGUUCAGACUCUGAGGUACUCACUGAGCGGACUUCCUGCUCCUUUGACACUCACCCUGACUUGGGCUCUGGUGCUGCAGGCCCUGUGCCUGCUGCCAUGUCUUCCAUGGAAGAGAUUCAGGUGGAGCUCCAAUGCGCUGAUCUCUGGAAGAGGUUCCAUGACAUUGGAACUGAGAUGAUCAUCACCAAAGCAGGCAGGAGGAUGUUUCCUGCCAUGAGAGUGAAAAUCACUGGCCUGGACCCACACCAGCAGUAUUACAUAGCAAUGGACAUUGUGCCUGUGGACAAUAAAAGAUACAGAUACGUGUACCACAGCUCCAAAUGGAUGGUGGCUGGCAAUGCGGACUCCCCUGUACCUCCAAGAGUUUAUAUACACCCUGAUUCUCUAGCUUCUGGAGACACCUGGAUGAGACAGGUGGUCAGUUUCGACAAACUCAAGCUGACCAACAACGAGUUGGAUGAUCAAGGACAUAUCAUUCUGCACUCAAUGCACAAAUACCAGCCUCGAGUUCACGUGAUCCGCAAGGAUUUCAGCAGCGACCUUUCACCCACCAAACCUGUCCCUGUUGGGGAUGGAGUGAAAACAUUCAACUUCCCUGAGACGGUGUUUACCACAGUCACAGCCUACCAGAACCAGCAGAUCACCAGAUUAAAAAUUGAUCGAAACCCUUUUGCUAAAGGAUUCAGAGAUUCUGGAAGAAACAGAACCGGACUGGAAGCCAUCAUGGAGACUUAUGCGUUCUGGAGACCCCCCGUGCGCACACUCACUUUUGAGGAUUUCACCACCAUGCAAAAGCAGCAAGGGGGCAGCACAGGCACAUCCCCGACCACCUCCAGCACUGGGACACCAUCCCCUUCAGCUUCUUCUCACCUUUUAUCUCCAUCCUGUUCUCCUCCAACAUUUCAUCUGGCCCCCAACACUUUCAAUGUGGGCUGUCGAGAGAGCCAGCUGUGCAAUCUAAACCUCUCUGAUUAUCCACCAUGUGCCCGAAGCAACAUGGCGGCCUUGCAGAGCUACCCAGGGCUGAGUGACAGUGGCUACAACAGGCUCCAGAGUGGCACAGCUUCAGCCACUCAGCCCUCAGAAACCUUCAUGCCUCAGAGGACUCCAUCCCUGAUCUCAGGAAUACCGACUCCUCCCUCGUUGCCUAGCAACAGCAAGAUGGAAGCCUACGGCGGCCAGCUGGGGUCCUUCCCCACUUCCCAGUUCCAGUAUGUCAUGCAGGCUGGCAAUGCGGCCUCCAGCUCCUCGUCACCACAUAUGUUUGGGGGCAGCCACAUGCAGCAGAGCUCCUACAACGCCUUCUCUCUCCACAACCCUUACAAUCUCUAUGGAUACAAUUUCCCCACUUCUCCCAGGCUAGCUGCAAGCCCAGAAAAACUGAGCGCCUCUCAAAGCACUUUACUCUGUUCUUCUCCUUCCAAUGGGGCCUUUGGCGAGAGGCAGUACCUGCCCACAGGGAUGGAGCACAGCAUGCACAUGAUCAGCCCUUCGCCCAAUAACCAGCAGGCGACCAACACCUGUGAUGGCCGGCAGUACGGGGCGGUCCCAGGCUCCUCCUCCCAGAUGUCCGUGCACAUGGUUUAAUGGCCCGUCCAAACACCAGGUAGCCCACUGCAGCCAGGGCCCCAGCGUCUCCAUGAGCAGAUCUUCCUUUCUGGGAGCCGAAGCCUUUGAAAAAUGGGAACUGUGUUUUUUGUUUUUUGUUUUUUGUUUUUUUUUCUGGAGGAAGAAAGCACAUACCCAAGAACAACAAAAGACAUUUAAGCCACUGAAGGAAAUACUUGCAGUGGAGUCAUCUCCGACUCAGUGGCCAUUCUCCUGCCUUCCCAAACCUUAGUUUUAUAAAGCAUUGCCUACUCCAGAGUGGCCUUUGAAGAAACUGAAUAAUCAUUUUAUAAUAAUGUUAAGGGAGAUGCUAGCAUGUAGCAGCCAUGAAAAGUUACCCUGACAUGAAUACAGACCUACCUGUACAUGCAUACAAACAUACAUACAUACAUACAUACAUACGUGCAUGCAUGCAUACACAUAUAUAUUCACACAAACUCUUACACCAACACACAAGCACACUGACUUGGAAGGGGGUGAACUGUGUGCAGGGGGGCCCAGGUGGGGGCUUUCACCAAGAAUCCAUCUCUACAACAGUAGAUGGACUGGGGCAGCAAUGGCAGUCAACCUUUCUGCCCCGUAGCCCACCCCGUUUCUGGAACGAACCGUGUAUCCUGGAGCCCCUUCUGGUCCAUGAGGGUAGACAGACAUCAGCACUACAACUGGACUUGGCUUCCUGGAAAUGAUUGCUUUUGAACUUUGGCUCUCCUCACUUGGCGUGCUAUCGCUGAUGUUCCCGGGGUGCCUGUGAAAAGGGAGUAAGAGCAGCCGAAGGAGAAAGGAAGAGAAGGAGUAGUGAGCAAGAGAGAGAGGUGGAAAGCAAGACUGAGAGAGGAAGUGUGAGCAAUGGUGAGAGUUGUAAUGUAUGGAGGAAAUUGGUUUUGGUUUGGUCCCCCCUUCUUCCCCCACUACAGGUUCUAGAAAGAAUCGUGGCAUCACGGAGGAGUAAACCUCUCUGGGACAUUAUGCAGAGUUGGGGCACUGGUGACAGGGACCGGGGCAAGGAAUGCACUUCCAUCUUGCAGUUCUGACCACUGUUUUCCAGAAGGGGGGGGUGCCCCGUGUGGGCAGUGCUAAUUCCAGAGCCUGCAGCUGGCAGGGGAGGGGGACCGGAAGGAGUAUGAAGAAGGAAGGGUGUUAUAAGCCUGACAGAUGAUACCAAGAGCAGAGGUGACAUAAAGAGGCCUGGCCCUCCACAUGCCAGAUCCAGACACCUGACCUGGAUCGCCUGCCCCGUAGACCGCUG